ACCUCACCAACCCAUUACCAUCAUCAACCAAACAACCACCCAAAAUCUCUGCUAUUAAUUUUUCACCAACCACCAUCUGGCUCUUAUUCAAAGCCUCUCAAGCUUUGCACUUUGUAAGUGAGAAGGGCACAACAAUGGGUGGGGAACGUACCAAGGUCUUCACUUUGGCUGAGGUCUCUCACCACAACAAUUCCAAAGACUGUUGGCUUGUCAUUCGUGGCAAGGUUUAUAAUGUGACAAAGUUCUUAGAGGACCACCCUGGUGGGGAUGAGGUGCUGUUGUCUUCCACAGGGAAAGAUGCAACUAAUGAUUUUGAGGACAUUGGUCACAGCACCAGUGCUGUAGCAAUGAUGGAUGAGUUCUAUGUUGGAGACAUUGAUUCAUCAACCAUCCCCUCUAAAGUUAAGUACACUGCUCCAAAACAACCUCAGUAUAAUCAGGACAAGACACCCGAGUUCAUCAUCAAGAUCCUUCAGUUUCUAGUUCCUGUGCUAAUCUUGGGUUUGGCUGUUGGUAUUCGUUUCUACACCAAAUCAACAUAAUCAUUCAAACUGCAAGAGCACUUGAUUAUAGGCAUUUGCAAUAAUAUGUUAGUGCUGGAAGACCCCUACCUGUUUUAUUCUUUCGCCCUUCAAUUAUGAGGGGUUGCUAGGAUAUUCCAUUUCUAUCUGCCUGAUGAUAUUGCGCUUGUUGCCUUUUCAGCCUAAUUUGCUGUUAAAUAUCUGAUUGUGUUUCUUUGUCAUUGACAUGCUACAGGAACAGUUUUCUGUAGUUUAAUCUUUUGAAACUUUUGCUGGUUC